UUGGCUGGGGCAUCUCAUUUGCUCGACCAUCACCAUCCCCUCUGGCAUGAAACUCAACGGGAAACAUAUUGACAAGAACGGCGCGGGAUAUGUCAAUCUCCGCCCUGAAGAUGAUGAGGAUAUGUGGCAUCUGUAUAACCUGAUUCAAGUGGGAGACCGCGUAAGGGCACCUGCGAUAAGGAGAGUACAAAACGUCUCCGCAACAGGCUCAACAGAAUCGCACCGUGUACGGUUGAAUCUAACCUUGGCGGUGACACUUACCGACAACGCCAAUCCUAACGCGCAGCAGACCUCAACCGCGGGUCUGUCAAUAUCUGGACGAGUUGCCGUGGAGAACCCGCAUGUGAAGAUGGGAGCAUUUCACACACUGGAUAUUGAGGCGAACAGGGACGUGCGAAUAGUGAAGGAAGAGAGCGGAUGGGACAGCAUAGCGCGCGCAAGGGUCGAAGAGAGCUGCGUGCCUGGACGUGGUGCGGAGGUUGCUGCGGUGGUGUGCGGAGAAGGCACCGCUGUCUUCUGCUUGCUGUCGCAGAAUAUGACAGUGAUCUUGCAACGCCUCGAAGUUUCCAUCCCGCGAAAGAUUGCCGCGAACUCUUCGGUUCAUGAGAAGGGCUUGGAACGAUUUUACUCGCAACUAUACGCGUCAUUCCUUCGCCUAAUACCCUACUCGAAUCCAUCAAUCAGGGCCAUCGUCAUCGCUUCUCCAGGAUGGGUUCGGGAUUCGGUCCUUGACCACAUCAUGCAAGAAGCGAACAGGACCGGUAAUAAGGCUUUAUUGGGUGUGCGGCAGAAAUUCGUCAAGGUCCACGUAACAAGUCCUCAUGUGCACAGCCUUGUGGAGGUCUUGAAGAGCCCCGAGAUAUCUACUCAACUAAAAGAGACGAAGUUUGCAAGAGAAGGCAUCAUGCUUGACAAGUUCUUCAAGAUGCUCGGCACGGACGAAACGCGGGCUUGGUAUGGGCCUGACCAUGUGGCGCUCGCGGCUGACCGUGGCGCAAUUGGCACGCUUCUUAUUUCCGACGAGCUCUUCAGGCAAGCUUACUUCCGCCUGCCCCGUGCCUUCGAUCCCGCGGUGCGGAAGAGGUACGUCGAGCUCGUGGAGGACGUCAAGCAGAAGGGAGCGGAGGUCCUCAUAUUCUCGAGCAUGCACGAGUCUGGACAGCAGCUCAAUCAACUGAGCGGUAUAGCCGCAAUCCUUACAUUCCCCCUCGACGUUGAAGUCGUAGAGGCUGAAGAGCGUGAGGCGAAGGAGGAGGAGGAACGCAAGAAGCUAGAGGCAACAGAGGCCGCUGCCAGCGAAGAUUGAACAGCCGCGCGCAUCCAAAAUAACACAUGUAUCUCUAUGCGGCCUAUAGCAAUUGGCGGCGUGAUUUCUGCAUAUCGGCUGUUGCAAAUGCCACUAUAGUACAAAGCCCUGUGUCUCCGUCUGUCACCGUGACGCAUAUAGAGUUUCGCCCGCGAAACAGUGCGGAUCCUCACAUGCUCACAUGCUACUCCUGCAUGUGAAUAUUAUGCAUCCAUUCGGCCUAUUUCCGCCUCAUAUCGCUAUCAAAGAGGCUGU